ACGUGGCAGCAGUGAGCUGCAAAAACACAGCCGGGUUCUCUGUCUGUCCCUUAUAUCAACAUGUAGCAUGCAAGAUAUGGCUAAUGAAAACACGCUUCAUUGGAGAGCUGGCUAGUUGCAACUGAAAAGUGAAUAACCCCGCAAACUAGACAGCUGCAGCCCACAUCUGAUGCCAUGGAGUCGUGUGAUGACGGAGGCCUCAACGUGGGUGCUUCCUCUAUAGAGGAGAACUACUUCCAGGGCUACACGUUUACAGACCGUUCGCAUUCCAGCCGUGUUGUCAAGAGCAUUAUGGACCUGUGUUUGGAGGAUGGCUUGUUUGCAGAUGUCACCAUCACUGUGGAAGGCAGAGAGUUCCUCCUGCAUCGCCUAGUCCUUUCGGCCCAGAGCAGCUUCUUCAGGUCCAUGUUCACCUCGAACCUCCGAGAAACUCACGAUCGCCACAUCGAGCUGAAAGAUGUCAGCGCACCUGUCUUUCAGCUGCUGGUGGAUUACAUCUACCACGGCACCAUCAAGCUACAGGUGGAAGACCUGCAAGACACCUACGAAAUGGCUGACAUGUACCAGCUCACGGCGCUGUUUGAGGAGUGCUCCCGCUUCCUCUCACGAACUGUGGAUGUUAAGAACUGUCUUCAGGUGAUGUGGUUGGCAGACAGACACAGUGACCAGGAGCUCUAUACAGCAGCUAAACACUGUGCUAAAAUUCAUCUGGUACAGCUGCACCAGACAGAGGAGUUCCUCAACCUCCCUUUACGUCUCCUCAUCGACAUCAUCAAAGAUGGUGUUCCAAGUUCCCAAAAUCCAACUGCAGCAAUCGAGUCUUGGAUAAACCACAACAAAGUUGAACGAGAGGAGUUUGCAGAUAUGCUCUCUGAUAGCCUAAAGGAAAUUGGAGAGAAUGUACACAUCUAUCUUAUAGGCAAGGAGGAGACCCGGACGCACUCGCUGGCUGUGUCGCUUCACUGUGCCGAUGAUGAUGCCAUCAGUGUGAGUGGCCAGAAUAGCUUGUGCCAUCAGAUCACAGCGGCCUGCAAACAUGGAGGCGACCUGUAUGUGGUAGGCGGCUCCAUCCCACGACGGAUGUGGAAGUGUAAUAUGCGCACGAUGGAUUGGGAGCGGUGUGCGCCACUGCCUCGUGACCGCCUGCACCACGCGUUGGUGUCCAUAGCCUCUGAGGAUGCCAUCUAUUCACUGGGGGGCAAGACGCUUCAGGACACGCUGUCCAACGGCGUCGUCUACUACACAGUGCGUGCCAACACGUGGACAGAGACCAGCAAGCUGGAUACAGCUGUGUCCGGUGCUGCAGGGGUCCACCUCGACGGCAUCAUCUACCUUCUGGGUGGAGAAGAGAACGAUGCCGACUUUUUUACCAGACCGUCCCGCCUUAUCCAGUGUUUUGACACAGCAGCGCAGAAGUGCCGCACCAAGCCGUACGUGCUGCCCUUUGCUGGCCGCAUGCACGCCGCCGCCCACAAGGACCUGAUCUUCGUGGUGGCCGAGGGUGACUCGCUCGUGUGCUACAACCCGCUGCUGGACAGCUUCACACGCCUGCGCUUCCCAGAGGUGUGGAGCUGCGUGCCCUCGCUCUGGAAGGUGGCCAGCUGCAACGGCUGUAUUUAUGUCUUCCGGGACAAAUGCAAGAAAGGCGAUGCCGACACGCUCAAGCUGAACCCAGCUACAUCCGUUGUGUCCGUUAUCAAAGGGAUUAAAAUCCUUCUCACAAACUGGCAGUUUGUUCUGGCCUGAUGUUUAAGUGCCAUUUUCACGGGGAAUUGUGGACCAUAGGACAUUUGCUGUGAUGCUGAAGAAUUUGUAUUUUCAGUUACUCAUUUGGCAGAUGCUUUUAUUCAAGGCGACUUACAAUUGAGCUGAGCAGAUAAGGCUUAAGGGCCUUGAUCAAGGGUCCAGCAGUGACAGUUUGACAGCAUUGGAAUUCGAACUCUGAAUUUUCCGAUCAAUAGUCCAGUGCCUCCACUGGCCACUGUAUCGUGCUAGCACAAGUCAGUGUUUAUAUCUUGAUCGUUUAUUCACUUGUGCUCACAAUGCAGUGUUGAAAAGCCAUGCAGAAUUUGAAUUUUCAACUGUUUCAACUCUACUGUGGCGAUGUAGACCUACCGUUCAGUGUCUAGUUUCACAAGGACUAUAUUAUGAGCAGUAAAAACAAACCACCUUAUGGUCUUAUUACUGACACUAGAAUGUCAUGACCUGCUCUUAUCAACUGUCCUGGAGUAAGAGUACGGACCACUGAUCAGGUCACUUCUUUCGGUAUAAUCUUUAGUAAGAUGUACAGUGCAAAACUGAUGCUUGGUCAUCAUUCUUACUCCUAAUUGUAAUAAACAAGGGCCCUUUAUUCAA